UUUUACUUCUUUGGUCGACAUAUCGAAGACCUUACGAAUAGUUGCAAGUAAAGCUUUUAGUAUACACAUUAUUUUUCGUAUAAGUUAUAUUAUUUGAAUUGUUUCAAUUAUAUUGACCAGCACUAUGAAGCUUCUAUGCAUUUUAAUAACACUUACCUUUGUCAACGUUUCCCCAAUAAUGACAGCGGGCUAUGCAAAUGCAGUUUUUGUUACAAACAAACACAUCAAAAAGGCUUUUGAUGAAAAUCUCGAAGGAUUGAAAACUGCUAUUUUAAAUACUAUUAUUGGACCUAAAUCUAUGGAAACAAUUAGUUUGAUGUGGGCUGCACCGGAACAAGCAAAUUUCAGAUUCAGAAUUGACCAUGAUGACCAAUUUAUUGUGGACUUACUAGAAAAUAUUGCCAUAGCCGAUCAGGAGGCAGUGCAACUAGCAAUAUUUCAAGCUACAAAUAUCCCUGCGCCUCAACGUGGCCCGAACGAAAAUUAUACUAUUUCUGCAUUAGACAUGCUCUCAGUAACAAGAUUUGGUAAAAUAGACUAUUUAACAAGUCAUUUACUUCGGGACGAAAUAAGUAGAGGAACACCGGAAUUCCGCAACCUUUACACAAUAUGUCGUCUAACGGGUUUGAAACGAAGUUUACGAGCUCCGUAUGCAUAUAUAAAAACCGCUGUAAUCGAUCCCCCUGGAAAUGUUUGUACGUUGACUUCAGAUGAUGGCAUAUUUCAAUACAAACCUGAAAAUGGCUUUAUUGUUGAGGUAUGACCAGAUGGUGUUGGUCAUAAUGAACUUGUGAACUUGUUAUAUUUAUAUGCAUUAUAAUUUGUGGUGAUAAAACAGACCAUCAUCGUAGCUAGUUUUUUAAUAAAAUAUAUAGCACCUACUGUUGUUAAUUUUCUUUAAUAAUAUUCAUAUGUCGCACUUGUAUUAAAAUUGUCGUUGUAUGCAUUGUAUUUCAUAAUAAACCAUAUAUUUCAGUGAUGUUGAAUACUCUUAA